AUGAAUCGAAUCGUUACAAAAACUGUUGACGCUUUAUCACGGUUCGGUGAACGUCUUGAACGACGUCUCUCAACUGGUGGCGACGACAAUUGUAAUCUAGAGAGAGUAGAUUCAGAUUAUAUGUGCUUGAAUUCUGGAUCAGCAUUAGAUUAUUCUUUGAAUAAUAUACCUGCUAGUUCUGGUGCCUGUUAUGGUUAUCAAAGACCUCCAAUGUGCGAUCUGUAUGCUGGUGGUAUGACCAGACCACCUUAUGGACCUGGAAUAAGUCAUCAUAUGAAUUAUGAUUAUAGAGGAGUAUGUCAUGGUCCAUUACCAACUACACCAUAUGGUAACGUUCAUGGUCAUAUAGGAUAUGCUCCAGAUUACUAUAUUGCUGAACGACGACAAGUUGAUUUGAUUCCUGCUCCACCACCACGUUAUAUUCAACAACCAGUUCCUGUUCCUCUUCCUGUCGAUCGUCCUGUACCUCAACCAUAUCCUGUUGAAGUAUCAAGACCAGUACCUGUUGAUCGACCUGUACCUGUACCUGUACCUGUACCUGUACUUGUACCUGUACCCAUUCCAUCAGCAGUACCUGUCGAUCGGCCAGUGCCUGUUCCUAUAGGAGUGCCAGUUCCUUCACCUCCGGUUCAAGUUCCUAUUCCUGUUCCGAUUCCUUCGCAAGUUCCAUGUUUUGUGCCUGUUGGUGUUCCUGUUCCAUCACCUCCUCCUAGUCCAGCUUUAGUAGAAAAUUCAGUGUGUCAUACCGAACGUUGGGUUACUGGAUCGCCCGUAAUGAUGCACCGACAGCGCUUCCUAGCUGGUUCACCUGUUAUGGGCGUUAAUCCAUGUAACACAUCUUAUGGUCGCCCUCCUUGUAUGCAUUAA